AUGCCCGCGUUAACCACCGUCGUCGCUGCAGCCGUCAGCUGCUCGGUCCUGUUCAUCGUGUCCGCAGUGGUUGGCACUGUUGUCUGGGUGAGGAUUCGCAAGGAACGACUUUCCAUGGCAGUGGCGAACGCAAGACAUGGUCGAUUUGCACGGGGUCUACAAAACUUCCCUGCUGACACGGUAACUGAACUCUCGCGCGAAGAAGGAUCCGCUCUGCGACAAUACGGCCAACUUCCAUAUGGAAGACCGACAGAAUGGGGGCUGUUAGCAUCGAACGAUAGUCUAGCUCUAGAUGACAAUGCCGAUUCAGAAACGGGGUCUUUCAAGGAAAAGGCUCGGUCACUGAAGCGUUCUCUUUCACUCUCGCGGUCCAAGUCCAAACUAUCAAAAAUGACGCGGCCGCGCCGCCUAAGUUCUCUGGCAACCCUGACAGAGACAUCAGAAAAGCCUUCAUUAUCCGGCCCCAGGGAAGGUUCGAAAGAUGAUAUAUCGAUUUCCGCGGUCGAAGGAGUGAUGGAGCUACCCACGGAGACGACUCCGAGACAGACUCCGGACAGAGAAUUUGAGCUAGCCAGCGAUGACACCAGUAUACGGCCAAUUUCUGGCCUGUGGCCUUUGCUCAACCAAAGGGAACACUCAAGUGCUCUCUACCCCGUCUUCGAAGACCCGCAAUCAUCUCGCAUACGCGGGGGAAGCAUCACUGCGCAAACAGCAGGCUCAAUGCCCGAUCAGCCAGUUCCUCCUCCACCUGUGGCUUUUCCUCCUAGCCGCUACACUCUUCCGAAGAAUAACUCACUGAUGCGGAUGUCUUCACUGAGUCUUGAAACGGCGGAUAGCUCCAUCUUGGAAGAAGCCAUGAGGGGACCAGCCUCGAUAGAUGGCGAGUUCGCUUCACCAAAUCUACCUCCUUGUCCGACAUUUAUGCCCUACAGUGCCAAUGAUGUAGGAAGAAACUAUGUUUCGCGCCAGGGGUCGCUGUCACGAUCCCUUGCUCUUUCUGCCAACUCUCUUCUGUCAGAGGCUAGUCGAUUGGAACCUGAUCGCACCUCUCCUCGUCGCAGUCUGACUGCUAGGAUUCCGAGUUUUACAACGGAGAGAGUUAGCCCUCCCCCGCGACGAAGUGAAUCCCUGUCCACAACACAGUCCAAGAAAGAUUCACGGUUCGGAUCACUGGGGCCAACGCCCGUUCUUUAUCCAACUCCCUUGUCCACGAGCCGUGGUCCCAUGAAUUCAAGUGGGCUACUCCCACAUUUCAGUCAAAUGCAGCGCCAUUCGGCAUACGACAGUCGGCAAAACGACCCCUUUUAUGGAAAUUCUGUCAACCAGUCGAACUGUAUCGUUCAGUCUGAAGGACCGGGCAGAAAGUCAACCAGCUUCAUCGUUCACGAGACACCGUUAAACUCAGAUGGUCUACCCAGGGCACCUUUACCCUCAGCAAUGAAAGGCGGCACUGGCAUGCGCAAAGGCCAUCGUCGACAAAACUGCGUGCGCAUUUCAAUCCAUCCGCCACUUACCUUUGGAAGGCCAGUGUUCUCACCCACGGCCGAGGAGCCUGAGGAACUGGAGGAAUUUGACAUGCGGCAAUCGGAAGUUCCCAGUCUAUCAGCGUCCAACAUGUACCCAAAUAACUCCAGUGGCGUAUCGCCCACCUCGAUGAGGACCAACUACCAAGACCCUCCUAGAGGGAGACGACAAGCAAGCGAACUUUCGAACGAUGAUCUUCGAGGGUCAUCGUAUAGAAGAGCGUCGUCGCGCAAGAAAAAACUCGUGCCUACUGAAUCCAUCGAUUCUACACUCGGUAGAACAGAAAGUGCAAAGGAUCUACCGGGCCUUUUCACAGCCUUGCCCUCAACUGAAGAGGCCAAUAUGACUCACACCCCAUCACCUGAAAAACCUACUCCGGGGUGGAUGGGCCGUAAGUCUAACGAGUCUCCUACCACGUAUGAGAACUCACCCAGUACUGGAAGCCCCCGUCGAUCGAUGAUCAAGGGACCGCGCAGCCAGCCCGGCAAGUUUGCACGAAACCCUCAACGAUCAUCGGCUUCGACACCUCUAGGUGAAUAUGCCCCCACCACAUCGACACCUUCGAGCCCGUCUAGUCGCCCGUCCCGUCCCAACAGGACAUCUAGCAGGGAUUCCAGGCGAUCGAAUGGCUCAGUACAUCGCGCAAACAGUGACGCUACAGACAACUCCGUCACACGAGGUCGGGACAGAAUUGAUGCCGCAGACGUCGGCAACGGCUCGGCUCUCUUCCAACCUCCUUCUUGCGGGUUGAAGAAGGCUUUCAGCACGCACAGCUCAAACAUUGUUACCAUCUGGGAAGACCAGCAUCUUGAAAGAUCAGCAACAAAACGAUCUUCAAUCUCUGAGCUUAGUGGUCCCGCUGAGCUACAGGGCGACAGCUCACCCACGAGAGUUGAUCGCGAUCAGAGCACCAUGUCAGCCGACCGACUAUCCAGGCAGGACAUGAAAACGCCCACAGGGAAAACGGUUGGACUAGGACUGGGGAUAGGAUGUGCACCCACUCCGGCGAGUUUGUAUGACGGGGAUGGGUUUUUGAAGGAGUAG